AAAAAAAAAAAGGAAAUCAUCUUCCGAUCCCCAAAAGUUAGCGAAGGCGAUAGAAAUGGAAGAAGAAAAGGCGGCAGCCUACUACGACGAGCUUACGCGGAAAGGCGAGGGAGCCGCCAGAUUCAAGAGAGGCCUCGGUUUCUCCUCCAACGAUGAGCAAAACGAAGCGGUUCCGCAAAGAGGCUCUGCUUUUGUUUCCUCGUCUUCGUCCUUCCUCAGCGGCUUCGUCAGGGCCUCGAGCCCUACCACCGCCUCCAAGCUCGAGAAAGAAUCUCAACUUCAAUCCAUCCAAAAUAAGUUAAAGAAGAAGCCGGAAAGAGAAGCAAGGGUUUCGGAGAAAGGCAGCGUGGAGAUGGAGAGAGACAGAGACAGAGAUAAGGACAGGCAUUCGAGGAGGCGGAGCAAAAGCAGAAGUAGAGAUAGAUACAGAGAAAAUGAGAGAAGGAGACGGAGAAGCAGGAGUAGGUCGCCACGUAGAGACCGGAGGAAGAGUAGGAGUAGGUCGCCCCGUAGAGACCGGAGGAGGAGUAGGAGUAGGAGUAGGUCGCCCCGUCGGGAUCGAAAGUCUGAGAGGAGGAGGAGCGGGAGUUUGCCGCCGCGGGAGUCUAGGAGGUCAGAGAGGGAUGGAGGGAGAGAGGGGAAAUCGAAGAAGGAAAAAAAUGGCGCUGUUGAUUAUUCUCGGUUGAUCGAAGGUUAUGAUAGGAUGUCACCAGCUGAAAGAGUUAAAGCCAAGAUGAAACUUCAGCUUGCUGAAACAGCUGAAAAGGAUCCCACAAAAGGCCCUGGCUGGGAACGAUUUGAAUUCGAUAAAGAUGCCCCUCUUGAUGAUGAGGAAAUUGAAGUUGCUGAAGAUGAUGCAACAGUAGUCAAGCAUAUUGGUCAGAGCUUUCGAUUUUCUGCCAUAGAGGCAAGGAGGGAGGAGCAAAUUAAAACCGCUCAUGAUGAGGCCAUUUUUGGGACAUCAACAGUUUGUCUUCCUGUUACUGCAGAUAGUGAACCAGACGAGGAAAACCUUAAAAAGGAUAGCAAUGAUAAUGGUCUGGCUACUAGCCUCUUAAGUGAGAAGGUGCUAGCAAAGCAACCAGGAUCAUGGCGAGAUCGUGUUCGUAAAGCAUAAGUGGAGCAGCAAACCGAUGUGGCAUUAGAAUAUGACCGAGAAUAUUGGCAUGGACAACUGCUGGUAAAUCAUAAUUAUCUGAUGUCAACAUGGCAGCAGCCAAUCAGGGAGUCUGACAAAAUUCAUAAAGUGAAAGAAAAUAUUUCCGAAAUUCAUCCAGUUUCAAACUUAAUUUUUAAACUUAGACUUUUUGCUACAUCAAUAUUAAAAAUGUUUUUCCAAAACUUGUUUUGACUGAAAUUGCGCUCAGAACAUAUCCUCUAGAAACUGAGUUUUGAAAAACAUGUUUUUGACCUACUUUUUUCACAAAAGUUUCUGGUUUGCAAAAAGAUGUGUUUCAACUUUAAAACAAGAUGGGUUUAGGAUUUUGGUUUUUUCUUUUACCUAUAUGAGUUUCCUAAUCAACACAUCAACCAGGUGUGGACUAAAUUUUGGUGCCAAGAAUUGUUUUUGAUUCUGUUAAUGCCUAGCUGAAAUCAGAAAUGCUCCCAGGUGCCUCGGUGAACUCGAGUCCUUAGGUUGAAAGUUUCUGCUUCAAUCUGAUAUCGAACACUCAUCUGGUUAUUGUAGUUGUGAGCAUUAAUAGUACUAUGUUCACUGUUGGUGUAAGUUCCUAAAUUUUAAUGAAGCUGCUCUUUCUCUUAGGUGUUAUGUUUCUGCAACUAGCUGUGGUUAUGCUCACCUUGCAUCUAGACUAGUAGAACAAUAGCGAAGAAGUAUCAAUGCCCAUUUUUACUUGUAUUGUUAUUUGAAAAACAAAAAAAAAAAAAGAACUAGUAUCGUUUUGUAUCUUAGCGGUCGUUUUCUUGUCGAAAAAUUAAAAAGAAAAAAAUUGAAACAA